GAAAGACAGUGACUAGACACAUUUACGCGUGCCUAAAAUUGAGUAUUUCGAGUAUUUCAAACAUAUUUCAAAACCAGAUAACAAUUAUUAACUUUGACAUAACUCAUAUCAAUCGAUUUUACUUGCACUUAACUCCAUAACUGUAAAAGUACUGUUCACAAGGCAAAUGAGUGCACCGGCGUCAGAAUCAAAUGGCAUUAUGGGCCAUAAGAACGAUGGUUUCAAAGAAGAACAGAUACCAGUACCAUGGGGUCACAUUAGUGGCAAAUGGUGGGGUCCGAAAGGGAUUCAACCUAUAAUCGCAUUACAUGGCCGAGAAGAUAAUGCAAGCACUUUUGAUAAAUUGAUGCCAUUGAUACCUGAUGAUAUUUCAAUACUUUGUCUCGACUUACCUGGACAUGGCUUUUCCUCUCACUGUUCUGAGGGCCAUUACUAUUUUGUCCACUGGGAAGGCUUAAUGCUUCUCCGUAGAAUCAUUAAAUAUUUCAAAUGGAACAAGGUAAAACUUAUGGGUCAUUCCCUUGGCGGAGCAAUUUCAUUCCUCUAUGCAGCUGCAUAUCCAGAUGAAGUUGAGUUUCUGAUCUGCCUCGACAUAGCCAGUCCUAAUGUGAGAAACAUAACGCACAUUGCAAAUAUAACUGGAGAUCAUAUCGAUAGAUAUCUUAAAUAUGAAUGCCUUACACCGGAAAGUAUCCCUUGCUACGAGUAUGAUGAAAUGAUUAAUAUAGUCCUGGAGGCCUAUAAGGGAGAUAUCACUAGAGAAAGUGCAGAAAUUCUCAUGAGGCGUGGUAUGCAACCAGCGUCUAAGCCAGGGUUCUACCAUUUCUCCAGGGAUCCACGACUAAAGGUUUCCAUGCUGGGUAUGCUGUCCAUGGACCUGGUGAUGGCGUUUGCAGCGCGCAUCAAAUGUAAUUACCUGAAUAUCCGUGCUGUUCCUGGAUAUCCGUUGGAGCAGCCUGAGAAUUAUGAUAAGGUCAUGAACCAGAUAAAACUGGGAGCUAAAAAAUUCGUCUACAAGCACGUGGAGGGCUCUCACCACGUCCAUCUAAAUAAUCCAGAGAGGAUCGCACCAAUAAUUCAAGAGUUCCUCAGCACUUUAUAACAGUACAGUUAUAGUUAGAAAUUAUAUUACGAUUCUAUCGCGUAAAAUAAUAGGUGACAUGAUACUACUUAAUUAAUUAAUGAUUGGGUUUCUAUAGACUUCCAUGCAACAUUGGCUGUAGAUCAGCGUAGAGGUGCAUUGAUUAUCUAGUUAAUUAAAUUAUUUAUUUCCAAUUUAUGCCUGAACAGCACCACCUACCUAUUCGAAUUCUAAAGAAUUCCAUAAAAUUAGAACAUAAGCGAAGAGGAAUCUGAACUACUUUAUAUUCCAAGUCCCGUGGUCCAAAAAUGAAUGCCUGUUUGUUCGUUUCAUAUUAGUUUGAUUUUGAGAUUGAAAUCAAAAAGCUAGAGGCUUUACUCUUUCCUUUUAUUUUAGGCAUAUUUAUUAUAAUAAAAUGAUUUAAAACAUGUACAGCAGUAUAUACCAUGCAUACAGUAAAAUAAUUUUUAUGAGUAUUCUCCUGCCAUACGUACGCUUCUAACAAAUAAAAUAUAAUUCAUAAAUAA